AUGGACGCCCAAGUUAGAGAGAGCCUGCAUGAGCCUCUCCCUUUGGCCGCGCCAACCGAUCGAGGAUCCAUGAUGGCACGAGACCCAGCUCCCGAGACCCCCAAGAUGGCUCACGAUUCUUUGGUAACGGUUCGCCUCUCCGAACCGGAUCCUAUAGUCCUUGAUUCUCCCAUUGCCACUUCGACAAUUGAUACAAACCAGACAACUCCUACCAAGGAUCCGGUUGAUGACCGCCCUGAUACUCCCAUAUCUCGCAAGUCUAGCCUUUUGGUAGUUGACAAGGACGAUAAGGACGAAAGGGACGAUAGCCUGGACGACGAAUCGAAAACUUUGAUUAAGGAAGACGUGGUCGAUACAGAGGCUUUGCGUUCUUCUUCAGCGACCAUGCCACCGCCGAUUUUGACAACGCGGUCACUACAAGACGAAUUGGCCGAUGACGGCAAUAUAUCCGACGACCAGGACGAAGUGAACUGGGCACAACUUGAGCAAAAGGAAGACGAACAGACUAAGGAUGAAGAAACAGAUAACUCAACUGCAUUGUUGUUGGCCCGACUUGAACAGGAAAAUGCAAAGCUGGCUACGAACCCAAAGAGCGUCAAAGUCCAAGGUGUUGACCGUGCUACUGCUGAACGUAGUGCAGUCAGCAGACCUCGACCGCCUUCAAUGGCACAGCUUCGCCAGAUGGUUCAGGGACCCACGCCUGCUGCCCUACGAUAUUCGAUGCUACCACCACCUCCCAUGACCGAUCUCGAAUUCUACGCCGCUCUCGUUAAAGACUACAAACAAACAGCUGCCCGACUUCCGACUCUUCUCUCAAAUAAGAUUCGUAAAGGUAUCCCGCCACCGUUGCGUGGGGUGGUUUGGCAGAGCAUGUCUGGAGCACGGGAUGCUAUAUUGGAAGAACAGUUUGAUCGCUUUUGCGGCGAGUCUAGUCCAUACGAAGUUAUAAUUGGCAAAGACCUUGGCCGAAGCUUCCCAGGCGUAGACAUGUUCCGAGACCCAGAGGGUGAUGGACAGCGUAUGCUUGGCCGCGUCCUCAAGUGCUUCAGUCUCUACGACACCAAGAUUGGCUAUUGUCAAGGGCUGGCCUUUCUGGUCGGCCCAUUGCUGAUGCACAUGCCCGACAAACAGGCAUUCUGUGUUUUGGUUCGCCUCAUGGAGCAAUACGACUUAAGGGCGUGUUUCCUCCCUGAUCUGUCGGGUCUCCACGUACGCAUCUACCAAUUCAAGGAGCUACUACGCCAAAGCCUCCCAGUCUUGUCGAAUCACCUUGACGAGCUACAAGUUGACCCUGCUUAUGUUUCGCAAUGGUUUCUCAGCUUUUUUGCCGUGACCUGUCCCUUGCCGAUGCUGUUUCGCACUUACGAUGUGAUCUUUGCAGAGGGCGCUUCAGAGACAUUGAUGAGAGUCGCGCUAUCCUUAAUGCGGAAGAACGAGGCGCGACUAUUGGCUUGCACGGAAAUGGAGGAUGUGAUGCAGCUUCUUUUAUCUCGGGGCCUUUGGGAUUGCUACCAUUACAACGCUGAUGAAUUUGUUCAGGACUUUGUCGGGUUGACAGGUGCUGUUACCGCCGAAAACAUGCAGCAGCUCGAGCAAAGUUACCGCGAGUCCAAGGCGGCCAUCACCAACCCUGUCAGAGGUUCUGAGAUAAGUACUGCAGCUAGCCGCUUCCUCGGCCGGAUAUGGGCUACCUCUACCAACAACAAAUCUUCCAACCUUAGCCCAGGAAACACUGCACCUGCAAGACCUACGAGUAUGCUGCGACGAAGCGCAUCCAAGCAAAGUCUUGCAUCGACAUUGAACUCGAUGGAGGCUAGCUCAGCUAGCGUCACAAGUUCUUCAUCAACAGACGUAACCUCAAUGUCGAGAGAUUCUUCCAAUACUGAGGAUGGCCGGGAAUCUACACCAGUCGGCAAUAAGACAAUAACAGCCCAUAAAAACACAGACGAACGAAACUUGCAUAGUCAGAUCGAAGAUCUCCUUACCGCUCUUAGUGAGCUCCAGCGCAACCAUGCCUUAUUAUCGAACCAGCUGCAACGGGAACGCGAAGAGCGACAAGAAGACCGCAAGGCCGUACAGUCACUUUUGAAUGGAUUGAGACAGAAGGCAGACUCUGCUGCGUCAAGACCCAGUAGCCCACAGCCAUUGGUCUUAUCCGAUAAAGAGGACAUCUCAGGGGCGGACAAAGCUGAAAAGUCGGAGAUGGAGGGAGACGAGUCUAAGACACCAAGUCUUGAGGAAAAGGCCCCAGCGAGCGACCACGAGGUUCAGAAAGGAGCGCCAUCCACCACUGAGGACCUAGAAAAUCUGCUCAAUAUUGUCGAACAGCGGUUCCAAGUGGAGGAUGACAAACGACGUUCAUCUAUGCUGAUAUCGAAGGCGCAGCUGCGGGAUGAGCUGAACCACGCAAAGGAUCAGCUUGCUGCUGUACUGUCACAGUCACAAGAGUACAGUCGCCAGAUCUUGGAUCUCAACCAGGAGAUGGCCAGUGUGAAAGAGCAGCUAAGGGAAAGUCAUGCACAUGUCAGGACGCUCCAUCAGGAUAAGCAGAGACUCGAGAAGCAAAUGCAUGGGCUAAAAUCUCGGGUCUCGUCAGCCAGCUCAGCCCAUGAGGUAACCAAAGAGCACGAUGUGGACCGCGGUAGCAAGACUGGAGGUGGCCUUCGAGAGUUUAAGCUCAACCGCAGUAAGACUACACCGCACCCACCGCAACAACAGGCUCAGGAUCAUGAGCCAAUGCCGGCCACGACGAGCAAGUUCAACAAGCGGAUAUCAUCCCUGCCCCAGAACCACGAAGCCAGCGUACCAAUGGUGACCACGACGGGGCCUGCGCCGUCUCAGAGUGAGCACGAGGCUUUACUAGCUGAGUUAGUCCAAGCCAAAACCGCCGAAGCAGUGGCGAAGCAAGAAGCUGAAGAGGCUCGGCAAAAGCUGGAGUCUAUACGCAAGUCUCACGGAUUGAGCCGCUCCGUAUCAGCGCAUGCUCCUUCGGCAUCACAGUCUGGACCCGGUGGAGUGUUCAGUCUUCUUACUGGCCAUGGGGUAGCUGCCACAAAUGACGUCGCGAUGAAGCCGCCAUCGACGAAUGCUGGAUCUCCAGGAUCUGGAGGCAGUUUCUGGGGUUGGCGAAGGUAG